AUGCAUUGCAACACAGUUAAAAGAACAUAUGAAUGCUUGUAUACGCAUCAGAAAACCCAAAAAAAUAAAAAAUGGAAAGAUGGAUACUGUGAAAUAUUAAUUAGCUAUGGUGUAACGAAAAUAUAUCUAUUAAAUUCAAAUAGGAUUUGCGUGGAAAGUUUUAUUAGUAACAUCACAAAUUUUGAAAGCAUAGAAGAAGAAAUCGAACUAUCUAAUAAUUUAGUACAAUUUGUUGAUAUUUAUAAUUAUGUUGAAAGUGAAAUAACAAAUGAAAUUAUAAAUGAUGAUUCUCGGAAAAGAGGAAGUGAAUUUUCCAAGGAACAUGAUAAUACACAUAGUAAAAAAAUAAAAAAAAAACAUGAGGCUAUCAAUUUUAAUAAAAAUUACCAGAUAAAAAGAGAAGAGUUAUUAAGACCAAAAGAAAUAUUAGUUCCAUCUAAAAGAAUAGAUAAAUAUGCACAUACUAAUAGGAAAUUUGAAGUACCUAGGAAAAUAGAGCCAACUAAUGACAAAAGUAAAGACUAUGAACAAAAUGAAUUGGACAAUAUGGACAAUGAAAUAAUAGAAAAUAUAGGAACACAAUUUACUAAUAUAAAUAAAGAAAGCUAUAUUUCUAUGGAUAAGAAAAACAUGACAAAUAUAACAUAUACAACCACUCAUUUAUUUAAUAAAAAAAAUACCACCAAAUGGUAUGAUGGGUAUAUAGUUGAUAAAGAGAAUGAAAUAGAACUAUAUAAUUUUUUAGAAGAAAAAUUAUUUGUAAAAAAAAAAGAAAAUAUUAUUUAUGAUGAAUACAUGUCAUUUGGAACCUAUAUUGUUUAUAACGACUUUUUAAAUAAACCAUCCAGUGGUAGUAACAACAUUUUAGAAACCUCUAAUUUUAUUAAAAAAAAUAAAUUUAAUAAAAAUCUUCACAAUGUAUUAAAAUGUGGAAUAUCCAAAAAUAGUAGUAUAAAUGUGAAAAAACUUGAUGAAAAGGAAUUCCAACAAAAAAUUGAAUAUUAUAAAAACAGUGAACAUAAUUUAGGGAUAGAAAAUAGAAUUUUCUCAAAUCCACGAAAAAGAAAUUUUGUUUUUUCUAAAGAAAAUAAUAAUUAUGAUAACAUUAUACAUGAAGGAAGAAAUCAAAAUAAUUUAGAAAAUUUUUCUGAGAAAUAUAACGAACAAAUAAAAGACAGCUCUAUAAAUAAAAAAAAUGGAUCUAUACAUAUUACAAAUAAAAAUGAAUGUGAACUACAUUUUUAUACAAAUUAUGAUUGUGAUAAAGAUGAAAAGAAAAAAAAUACCAAAAUUGUUUUUUUUUCUGGAAAUAGAGAAAAUUGUAAUAAAUAUGAAGAAAUAGUUAAUAUUGGCCAAGUUGUUAGUAAAAAUCAUUUUUCUCAUAUUAAUGUUUUUAACAACUCUAUGAAAAUAAAAUUAAAUGAUGGGUUAAUUAACUAUGAUAAUAAAGAUAGAAAUAUUGAAAAUGAUAAUAAAUUUGAACAGUUAGACAAUAUAAAUCGAUUAUCAUCUUCUUUAGAAAAUACAAAACAUUCUGAUAAUCCCAAAAAGGAUUAUAGCAAUACUAAUAAUGAAAAAUAUAAUGGUAAUUAUGAGAAAAAUACUUAUAAUUUGCUGUCUAACAAUUAUAAUGAAAAUAUAUAUUUAGAAAAUGGAAACGACCAAAAAAAUAACUCAAUUUUAACUAAAAAGGAUACAUCUCUUCAUGUGUUGGAAGCGAAGACAAUUCUUGAAACAGACAAAAAGAUAACCCACUUAAUAUCAGAACAAAAUUUAUAUUGUGAUAUAUACAAAAUUAAUAAUAUUUUUUCUUUUAGUAAUAAUAAUAAUAGUUUUUGUAUAAAUGACACUGAACAUAUUAAUAGAAACAAUUUAUUUUUACCUGUUUAUAUAAUUAUUCCUAAAAAAAAAGAAGAUAUAAAAAAUAAAUUAAACGAAUUACCAUAUUUUAAAAUACCUAAUUUUUUUGUUAAUAAAUCAGAAUAUAUUUUGUGCUUUAUGAAUGCUACACUAUUUCAGAUAUAUUAUGAGAUAACAAAUAAAUUUAUAUAUAUUUACGAUAAUUUAAUAUAUGCAUUAAAAGACGAUAUGUAUAAAAAAUCCAACUUAAAAUCUGUAAAUGAAAACAUAAAUACAAAAAACAAAGACCUUACCCCCAUUUCUAAAAUGAAUGGAAUAUCCACUUCUAGUAUUACUACUAAUAAUACAACUAAUUUGAAUUUUAAUGAAGAAUAUAAAAAAAAAAAUUAUAAAAAUAAUACCGAGGACAAUUAUAUACUAUUAUUGGAAAAUGUCGAACUUGUGUACAGUUUACAAGAUGGAAAUACCAACAAAUAUGGUAAAGGGACUUUUCUAAAUACAAAAAAUAAAAAAAACACAGGGAUUAAAUAUUUUUUAAAAAAAAAUACGGAUAAUGCAAUAUUGAUAGAAAAAAAUGGAAUAACACAUGUUAAAAAUAAUAUAAAAAAAUAUAUAAAUAUCAAUCAUAUAAUUAUAAUAAGAAAAAAAUGUGAUUAUGGAGAAAAUAAUGUAUACACUACUCAUAAAGAUGCCUUGCUUUUGUUUACUACUAAAUGGAAUGGGUUUAAAAAUAAUUAUUUGGAAAUAUUCCCCUUAAAUUUUGAAACCUUUGUAUAUAUAUGUGAACUAUUUGAAAAGGAAAAAAAUGUAUUAAUAUCAAAAGAAUUUCUUUAUUUUUUAAAAAAAUAUAAAUCCAUAAAUUUCCAGAAAUGUCUAUUUUUUAUUAAAAUGUCUGACCAUUUAGAUAAUUUGAAACACCUCUUUUAUUUUUACAAAAAUAUAGAAGAAGAAAAUAUAUAUUAUAAUAAAAAAAAUAUUCAUAAAAAUAUAAACUAUAUGAAUAAUAAUGAAAAGUUUAUAUAUUACAAUUUUGUUGGGAAACGAAUGGGAGUAAAGGAUUGCAUAGCAAAGUCUUAUAAUAACUUAAUACCGUUAAAUAAUGUGAAUAUUGAAUAUAAAAAUGAAUUAAUACAAAAUUUACAAAAUAAUAAAAAAUUAAAUAAAAAACAAAAGGAAAUAAUACAAUCUGUAAUAAACUGGUUUGAAUAUAAAAAGGAAAGAGUAAAUGAUAUAGAUAAUCAAAAUAAAAAUAAACAAAUUGAACAAACAAGCAGCUGUAUAUUAGUUAAUGGGAUAUUCGGAUCUGGGAAAAGUACACUAAUAUGUAACAUAAUUAUGUGUUUAGAUAAAAUAUUAGGAUAUGAAGAAAAACUAAUAAAAGAUGAAAAAAAACAAAAAAAAAAAGAAUCAGAAAAAGGACAUACAUAUGAUUCAAAUUCCGAGUUAUAUGAAAAUACCAUGCCAAAAUAUAAAUCACUUUUGACCAAAAUAAAAGAGGAGGAAAAAUCUAAAAAUAGUAUAAAUGAAAAACAAAAAAAAAAAAUAAUACUAAUGUGCAAUACUAAUUUUGCUGUUGACAAUAUACUUUUAAAAUUGAAACGUGAUUUUGAAUUUUAUGAUUUUUCAAGAAUAGGUACCAUAUCUGAAAUAAACCCUUUUUUAAUAACAAACUUUAUUAGUAUAACCUCAAAGGAGGAAACAAAUGCAGAAGAAAUCAAAAAUUAUUUGGAAAAAUUUGAUACAAAUACUGUAAAAAGCAACAAUUUCAAUGAUAGUCAAAAUGAAGGGAAAAAUACAAAUCAUGCUAAAAAUGUAUUGAAUAAAAAUAACAUAAAAUGGAAUAACGAUGAUAAAAUAUGUGAUAUCGAAAAAAGUAUAGAAGAAAAUGACAAUGAGUUCAAACAAUAUGAAACUUCUAAAGAACCCGAAAGUGAUAGAAGUAACCCAAGUAUAAACAAUUUGAUCAAGCCAAAUAAAAUACAUAAAAUAACAGACAUAAAUAAAUUAAUUGAAGUAUUAAAAAAAGAAAAAAAAUAUAUGAUUUUAAAAAAUAAGUACAAAAAUAAAAGAGUUAUAGCAGGGACAUGUAAAAGUUUAUAUAUUUUUGAAAAAUUAAAUAAAAUUAAAGAUAGUAUUAAUUAUUUAAUUGCUGAUGAAUGUACCCAAAUAGACGAAUUGACACUUUUAAAAUUUUUUAUAAGAUAUCCGAUAAAAAAAAUUAUUCUUAUAGGGGAUAUUAUGCAAUUGGGUUUUGUUAUGAAAAGUAAAAGCGAUUUAUGCCGUAGUUUAUUUUCAAGACUUAUAGAAAAUGAGUUGUUCAUUAAAUAUUUUUUUAUAAAACAAUUUAGGAAUUGUAAAGAAAAUAAAGAAAUUGUUGGAAAUUAUGAUACCCCAAAUUUAAUAAAUGCACAAACUAAUAUUAGUGUAAAUACCUUAGUUGAUCAAAUAACCAAACUCACAGAAUUAGAAUAUUCAAAUUAUAAAAGUGAAAUAUAUGAACAGAUGUUUAAUUUACACUAUGAAAAUUGCUAUAAUAAUAUUGGAAAAUAUAAACAAAAUAAUUUAUAUAUUAAUAAAUUAAUAAUAAUGAAUAAACAAUAUCGAUGUCAUCCAGAUAUAAGCAACAUAUGCAGUCAUCUUUUUUACAAUAAUUAUAUUAAGAAUGCAAAAUGCACAGAACAAAAUACUAUAAUAUAUGAUAAAUAUAAUGCACAUUUAAAUUUUAUACUUAUAAGAAAGGAAUAUAAAGGAAUACAUCGUAACUCUUACUUUAUUAAUACAUUAGAAGCCAAUAUUAUUUUAAACAUUUGUGAUAAUAUGAUUUCUAAUAAAAUAAAUCCAGAUCAAAUAGGAAUUAUUUCUUUAUUUAGAUAUCAAUCUAUUUAUAUUCAAAAUAAAAUGAAAUUGUCAAAAAAUUAUGAUAUUUUAAAAAGGAUAAAAGUUAGUACAGUAGAUUCUUUUCAAGGCAUAGAAAAAGAAAUUAUUUUAUUUUCUUGUGUUUUAUCUUUUUUCUCAGAUGCUCAAAAAAAAUAUACAGCAAACAAAACAGAACAGGAAAAAAAAGAAACUAAUGUACAUCAUAAUAGUCAGUUUUUUUCAGAAAAAAAUAUAUGCACACAAAUUCAUAAAACACAAGAAUGUACAGAACAACUAUUAUCUGCUGGUGAUUUAUUUGAUUAUUUUUGUGAAAAUAAAAAUCGAAUAAAUGUUGCAUUAAGUCGAUCCAGAAAUCAAUUAAUAAUUGUUGCUCACCAAGCAUUUGUUCAAAAAAAUAAAAUCUGGAGUUAUAUAAAAUCAAAAUCGAAAAUACAUUAUUAUGAUUGA